GGGGCGGGGCUGAACUCGUCGACCCGGAUGUUGAUGGGGCUCCUCGGGUGAGGAGCGCGCGUGGCGGUGUUGGGUCCCGGCCGGCAGGAUGGGGGACAGCGAGCAGGCGGACGGAAGACCCGACAAGCCCAUUUCUCACGAACUGCUGUCGUGUGGCAGAGGCGGAGCUCUGCAAGACAAGCUGCUUCUAAAACCUAGAUCAUCCAAGAGUGGCGGCACCUUACAAACAGUGAAAGUUCCCAGGAGCAACGUUCUAGACAGGCUGCAGUGUUUUCUGCCUCAGAUGGCCCAGGCCAAUGAGAAGCUGAGGCAGCAGAUGGAGUCAUCACCGGCCAACCUGUUCGACAUUGAAAACAUAGAAGAAAGCUCUGAUAAAGUCAUUGAGAUGGUGAGGCAUGCUGCUGGAGUUGCACUGUGGAUGAGAUAUAGAAUUGCAGAACUCAGGGUACAGGUGCUUAGAAUAAUAUCAGCAGGUGCCCAGAUUCUCAUUUCCGCACUGUACAUGACAUGACAAAUACAAUCAAAA